AUGGUUCGCACGUACAGAAGAAAGGCUGAUGCCGGAGAAUGGUCUCAAGAAAAAAUGAAAGAGGCUGUAAAUAAAGUCCAGAACAAAGAGUUGACCUUACGUAAGGCUGCUGAGAUUUUUGCAGUACCGUUCACGAGCUUACAGAGAAGAGUUACUUUAUCCAGGGGUAUUAUUAAGCGUCGAGAUGGACAGCCAGCUUUAGAUGAGAACGCAGAAAAGAAGUUAGCUGACCGGCUAUUGCACUUGGCAAGUCGUGGCUUCGGAAUUACACCCAAAGCGGUACGUAAGUACGCGUUUGAAUUUGCAGAACGUCAAAACAUAAAACACAAAUUUGACAGAAAUGCUGGAAUGGCUGGCCAGGACUGGUUUCAUCGCUUCAUGCAAAGAAAUAAAAAAUUAACUAUUCGGAAGCCGGAGGGUCUGUCAAGAGCAAGAGGAAAACCUGAAUGUGUAUACAAUGUUGAUGAAACGGGUAUGCCGCUUAGUAACCGCCCACCCAACAUUAUAGCCCAAAAAGGUGCUAAAGAUGUUGUCAGCAUGACUAGUGUUGAACGAGGUGAAAAUGUAACCGUUCUAGCCUGUAUGAAUGCAGCAGGACAGUACAUACCUCCAUUUGUUCUAUUCAAAGGUGUGCGUAAACGUGACGAUUUUCUCCUAGGUAUGCCACCUGGUACUGAAGUUGCCAUGACAGAAAACGGCUGGGUCACCGAAGAAGCUUUUAAGUUGUGGCUGCAACAUUUCAAUCGCUACCGGACCCCAGGAAAAGUAGUUCUAAUUUUGGAUGCGCAUGCGUCUCACACCAGCUACUCAGUGGUAGACUUGUGUGACUCUUUCGAAAUUGAACUUGUACUUCUUCCUCCACACACAUCACAUGCCCUGCAACCGCUCGAUGUAUCGUUUUUCAAACCGCUCAAAACCUAUUAUCACCAACAAGCUACAGCAUGGCAACAUUCACAUCCCAAUCAAGGAAUCACAAAAGUCGCUUUCGGAGCACUUUUCCAACGGGCUUGGAAUCAGGCUGCCACUGUUGGGAAUGCUACAAAAGGCUUCGAAAAGACUGGAAUAUUUCCACUAAACGCCAAUGCAAUACCUGACCACAAGUUCAUCGGUGAUCAAGAGUCGGACAUUGUAGAGUCCCAAGUCCAGUCCCCAAGUUCCCAAAAAUGCAGCUACACGUGCAAGCCACAAAUACAAAACCACUUGAUAAUAUAG